AUGGCGGGUGUCAUGCCGUCUGACACCGACGGCGAGAAGGGAACCACCAUGUCGGUCAUCGCUGGUGCCUCGGGCGCCAGCGCAUCUGCUGGGACGGACGACCUUGCAGUCACGAGGGGUGCAGAUUACCAGAAGGUGCCCAGCGGCACCAUGGACGCUGCUGAACAGAAGAUGCACGGCAGGGUCGCCGAGUGCAAGGGCAAGGGCGAAGACGUAGGGAAUGACAGGAACGACGGCGUGGGUUUCAGGGAUCCCUGGAAGUCGUCGCUGGGCUUCGCCUACGACUAG